AGUAGGUAGCCGAGGAGAUGCUGGCCUGUACCCAACGGCUAGCAAGGCCUCAUCCCGAAGCCGGGCAACCGACGCAACACAAGCUUAGGGCUGCUUGAAGGCUUUGGGUGCUGGAGAGUGGAGGCAGAUCCACAGCGAGAGAUAAUGCUGAGUGUCACCACAUCCCUCUCCAACCCUUUCAGCCUCAUCAGAGCCGAGCCUCGCACGCGUCAAGUGUUAAUUUAGGGCUCCUGCAGAGCGUGAGGCUGUCAGGGACGAUGCUUGGAAGAGUGAGACUGCCACUGAGGGUGAAAAACAAAGGCGCAGGCGGAGAGAGAGAGAGGCGGCUGAGUGCUAAUGCAUCUCACAGCAAUUAGAGAAGCUUACCUGAGUGCAUGAGCACAGCACACAAUAACAGACGCUGAAGGGGACUUAUGUCAAACACCAGAAGGCUUCGAAACAUUUCAGGCGGAGUGUUAGGGCCGCUGCUGGGAACUUCUGUCUUCGUGAGUUAUGGAGGUUCUUCCAAACAAUAUGGUUAGGCUGGAGACCCUGGAUGGAAAGCCCAAGCAUAUGAUGACCCCGUAUGCAUCACUGAAACCUCUGCGCCCGAGGACUCACCCUGGCUGGCCAAAGGAUUCCCCUUCAGCCCCUGCGCUUCCAGGAGAUGCUGAAAUGCUGACUUCAUCAUCGGAGGAGGAAACUGAGGUCCAGUGUCAUUGUUUCACGGACCAUACAUAUGCUGGCCCCACAUCACCCUGGAAAAGGAGCUGCACCCCGACCAGAAACAACUGCUCGAGUAUGUUUUGGCCUGCGAUCGUCCAGCUAUGGAACUGAUCGCUAAAGCGGGAGGGGUGUGUUUAACCCGAGAAGAGUUUUGGUCUUUCGGGUUGUCCAGAGACAUGGACUCCACGAUCGGAAAUGCUUGCCUCCAGCUGGUUCAAGAAGCUGCUCAGAGACAUAGCAAAGAUGUCUUCAUUGCCAACAUGUAUAUUGUACCAACGUGGAAGCACAAAGACGUCGAUCCAAUGUCAAGCCUUCCAAGGGAUGCACAUCUAAAGGAUGCACUCCUCUUCCCAGCGUGGAGCAAGCACAACGGGCCAGAGCAUUACCUUCUCUGUCCAUGUUCCAGUGGUGUGCUACAGGGGUCCCCAACCACAGAGUCAUGGACCAGUACUGGAGCAUUGCGCAGCACAUCGUCCCAGGAAGCUGGAGUGAGCUCACUGGAAAAGACAUGCAGGAGAUCCCACGCCAGACCUCGGGGAAUGACUGUGGUGUUUUCAUGCUCAUGUACUCCCUCUGGCUCUGUACGGACACUACUUUUCACUACAGUGUGCUGGACAUGCAGUCAAUCCGGCGUUGGUGGUGUGUCCUUCUAAUGGAGCGCUUUGGCAUUGAAGGGUAGGACAACUUCUUGAAAUAUCUGAUGUAUUGUUUAUCAUGAUUAGUAACUGCCUGCGAUGAGGUGGCGACUUGUCCAGGGCGUACCCUGCCUUCCGCCCGAAUGCAGUUGAGAUAGGCUACAGCGACCCCCCGCGACCCCAAAAAGGGACAAGCGGUAGAAAAUGGAUGGAUGGAUGGAUUAGUAACUGUAAUCAGAAGAGCUUUUCUUCAA